AUGGGAAAAGAUUAUUACAAAAUACUUGGAAUUACGAAGAGUGCCACUGAGGAUGAUAUAAAAAAAGCAUAUAGAAAGUUAGCACUCAAAUAUCAUCCAGACAAAAACAAAGAGGCUGGUGCCGAAGAAAAAUUCAAAGAAGUAGCAGAGGCUUAUGAAAUAUUAAAUGAUCCAAAAAAGAAAGAAAUAUAUGACAAAUAUGGAGAGGAAGGUUUGAAAGCCGGAGGUGGUGGUGGCGGUGGCGCUGGUGGUCCAGGACAACAAUUCUUUUACUCAAAUGUUGACCCACAUCAAACAUUCAGAAUGUUUUUCAAUGGAUCUGAUCCGUUUGCCAUGUUUUUUGGUGGCGAUGAUGAUGAUGGACCCAGUGGGUUUGGAGGUUUUCCAGGAGGUAUGGGAGCGUUUCAGUUUGGUGGAGAUGGUAUGGGUGGUCAACGACAGUCACAUAUGCACCGUAGAUCACAAGAUCCACCAGUUGAACACGAGUUAUUAGUAUCAUUAGAAGAAAUUAAUUCUGGAACAACAAAAAAAAUGAAAAUAUCGAGAAAAGUUCUAAAUCCUGACAAUCGUUCAACUCGUGUAGAAGAUAAAGUAUUAACAAUUGACAUUAAACCAGGAUGGAAAGCUGGAACAAAAAUCACAUUUCCUCGAGAAGGUGAUCAAAGUUCAUCGACAAUUCCAGCUGAUAUUGUAUUUAUUAUUAAAGAUAAAGUACAUCCCAUAUUUAAACGUGAAGGAAGCGAUUUGUUAUAUACAGCCAAAAUUAGUUUAAAAGAUGCUUUAUGUGGAACAACCAUAACUGUACCAACACUCGAUGGGUCAAGAGUGAAAAGAUUGCAGUUAAAUGAAAUAAUUAAACCAACAACUGAAAAACGUCUAACAAGUGAUGGACUUCCCUAUCCAAAAACGCCUACCAAACGCGGUGACAUCAUUGUUCGAUUUGACAUUAAAUUUCCUGAUACGCUAACAAAAGAACACAAAGAAAUCAUAAAUUCUACAUUACGUGUGUGA